UUAAAGCCCCAUGACCUCAAUUUGCCUACUUGUGUGGCCUAUAAAAGGUAAGUUAUUCCCUUGCCAACCCAAAAUCCAAAGGCAGCCAAAAAAAGUUCCUCUAACUAGUAAUGCAGUUCGCCUUCCCAUCAUACCAACUCUCUCCCUGGCAUUAUCUCCUUACAUCUCCUGCCCUUUUCUCCAACCAGCUUAUUCCGGAAAACCACGUUCAUUGGACAGAAAACCCAGAGUCUCACGUUUACUCUGCUGAUCUUCCUGGUGUGAGAAAGGAGGAGAUAAGAGUGGAAGUUGAGGACUCAAGAUAUCUUAUAAUUAGGACCGAGGCAAUCGAUGAAUCAACAAAGCCAGCCAGGAACUUCAUGAGGAAAUUCCGGCUCCCUGGAAUGAUAGAUCUUGAUGGAAUAUCAGCUAGAUAUGAAGAUGGGGUCUUGACAGUUACAGUGCCAACUCCAAGGUCUUUCAGGAGGAGUGGUUUCUAUAAUGACCCUUCAGAUGUGCCUGAGAAGCUUGAAGUUGUUGCCAGGGCUGCCUGAAUUGGAAAUUAGAUUAUACCUGAUUAGCUAGCUACUAGGUUCUAAUCAAUGAUUCAUUGCUAUUAAAUCAUAAGCCUAUUUGUGGGGUGUGAUUGGUUUCGAAAUUGAACCUGGGGAAUUUGUUGUACAAAAGGAUGAUUCCAAAUAAGAAAGAUUGAAUUUGGUACGUACUAUGGCUGUAAUCUAAAUUUUUUAAAAUUUCCCUGGGAAACAAACAUUCAGGUUGAACAGACAAAGAAAACUCUUCCUGUGAUCUGUUAGGAAAGAGAAGCAAUUUGCCCACAUGACAUUGACACUUUUUCUCUUUUCCAAAUUCUAUCUCUUCUCUGUUUGUUGGUCAAAAAUUGCAUCAAAAUUACAGAAGAGUUGUAAGAAAGAAUUGAUAACUUGUCCUCCAAUUUGAGACUUGAAAGAAAGAGUUGAAGCCAGGCGGCAAGAAAUAGGGUGGGAUAUUCCCAUUCUGACAACCAAACAGGCUUUAACUGCCAACAUGUUGGGGAGAGCAAAACUACCAGGACUUGUUUGCUGUACAAAUUUUGCUUGCUAAGUCGAAGCAAGUCCUCCCUUUGGUACAAGCAUAAAUCCAAACAUCCAAACAUGAAGCGGUUGGUUAGAUAUUUUUCGGUGGAAAUGUAGAAAUUAAA